AUGACACAUUUACCGACCGAAAUACUUCUUUUGAUCGUGGAUAGCACUGUGAAAAAUCCAGGCACAAACCUUGUAUACGCGGCGAAUGAUCCGGUUACAACGACACUGUUUAGCCUCGCUCUGACAUGCCGUGCCUUGUGUCUCAGAGCCACCCAGUUACUCUACUCGCGGUGCUUGUAUAUUCACUCGGACUGGCGGUUAAACUGCCUUAUGAGAACUCUGAGUGACAGGUCAUUGAAUACCGGUUCCAAGACCUCGAUCCUAGCAAAAGCCAUUGCAAACCCUGGACUGGGCCUCUUCCUCGCCCCGUUUCCUGGAGAUGACCUGGAUCGGCCAGAAAUCGUAAAGCAAAUAAUAGAUUUAUUUGACAUUCUCGCGCCUCAUUUGACGCGGUUGGCUAUCGACAUGCCUCUUCGUUCCAUGUGGGCGGAAGAAGACUACAACAAUAUCCGACCAAGUCUUCGGCGUGCAUUCGAGGGACUAUCGAACCUGGAAGAAUUCUCUUCAAUACGAGACGAACUAUUCUUACGAUUAGAGCCAUCGGGUAGACCAGAAAGACAACCGCCUAUAUGGGCAAUGUGUUGGCCCAAGCUGCGGCGCCUUGCUUUAUAUAACCCUGACAUUUCAAGCGAAAAUUUCCUGAGAGCGCUGUGGAGCUGCCCGGGGCUAGAAAAUGUUAUUUUGGUGCGGUCAGAUGGUAUUGAUCAAGCUGCACCUAUUUCCUUUUUGUUAUCAGAGUCUGAGAGUUAUGUUUCAGCGCUGCCGGGGCCUUCGCAGAAACUGGAAUUGAAAUUCAUCAACAGCGCUGAAGAUAAUGGAUACUAUGAUAAGAUAUAUCGAGAUAUAUCCAGGGUGACAAUGGAUCCGAUUUUUGCUAUUCGUAACAAGGUUGCCAAAAAAGACACGUCGCGGUACCGUGAAUUUCCAACUGUUGUCACGGUACCCAAAUACUAUGAACAAGUAUAUUCUAGCGAGAUUGAAAUGUGUCAGGAAUGGGCCAAGGGCUAUGUUAUUAACGGUCGCUUAUGGGAUGUAACUGAAUCUUCAGCGGAAUGA